CACCAUAGCCAUAGGCCAUCUAUUCUUUGGCCUGCCUCUUUAUAAGAGCCUGCUUGCUUUCCCCUCCGGCCUGCAGCCUUUUGCUAGAGAGAGCACACCACACACACACACACGCUGCGCGCAGGGCCCUAAAAGUAGCUUCAACACUGCAGGCAUCUUGUCUUAUUGCGCCAUUAGCAUCUUCCUCCUCGAGUGAGCUAGCGUUUAAUGCGCGAAUGCUCCCUCUGUUGCUCCAAUAUAUCCACACACGAGCUAGCCUACCAUCACCACCACCAGCAGCAGCAGCAACAGCGGCAGAGUGCUCCCCUCUUCCUCAGCUUACUUGCGUCCCAUUAAUUAAAGUAGGUGGCAAGAUGGAUCCUGGCUUCUGCAACGACAUGAUCCUAAGCGAGAGCGCGUGGAACAGCGGCGGUGGAGACGGUGGCGCGGCCGGUGAUGUCGUUAAUGUUGUGGACGGGAGCGGCAUGACGGUGCUGGAGAGGCUGGUGCUGGACGAGGCGCUCGCGGCCGCGAUCAUGGAGCUGCAAGGCAUCCAGGUGCCGUGCGGAGGUGGCAAGCCGAUGGCCGGCGGCCUCGAGGCGGCCAGCCUCGCAUUCGGCGCUACGGGGACGGCACCCGUCACGCCUGCCUACGCUGAGGUUGACGGGGUUGUCUUGCAGCGACAGCAGCAUCAACAUCGCCAUCAGGGCGUGAUGGGGAUGCCUGUCGACUACGACCUCGUACCAGCAGCACGAGCUGUCACGUUGGCUACUGUACCUGCGGCACCUUCCUUCCCAAAAGGCGCGGCUGCCGGCGUCGUCGAUGCGGCGGCCUUUGACUCCGGCAAUAACGCGCUGACAUCGGCGGUAACAGCAGGGACGACGAGGCAGUGUGACGAAGCCAACGGUGGUGCCAAAAGGCAACUCCGGUCAAGUAGAAAGAGGAGGGCCGCCGAUGCACCAUGCCCGGCCGCCGACGGGCACCCGCAGUCGCAGGAGAACCCUCUCUGCAGCCUCCUCGCGUCCACCAACACCGGAGAUGGCGGCAUCCAGAUUGCGUUCAGCGGCGGCGGCGGUGCUGCGCCGUCCUCCAAGCGCACCAAGCCGUCGCUGAGCAGCACCUCGUCCAGCAUCAGCUUUGACGGCAGAAGUUCCGUCAACAACGGCUGCGACGACGUCCCCCGGUACGAACCGGACACGGAGGCCCUGGCGCAGGUGAAGGAGAUGAUCUAUCGCGCGGCGGCGAUGCGGCCGGUGAGCCUCGGCGUCGAGGAGGAAGACACCGGCGAGCGGCCAAGCAGGCGCAACGUGCGCAUCUCGUCCGACCCGCAGACGGUGGCGGCGCGCCAGCGGCGGGAGCGCAUCAGCGAGCGGCUGCGCGUGCUGCAGAAGCUCGUCCCGGGAGGCGCCAAGAUGGACACGGCCUCCAUGCUGGACGAGGCCGCCAACUACCUCCGCUUCCUCAAGUCGCAGAUCAGGGAGCUGCAAACCCUAGACCGCCGGAAUUACGGCGCUAAUGCCAUAUCGAACACAGGCAUGGCGCCACUGAUGAGCUACAACAACAUGCCGGCCUUCGCCUUCCCGGCGACAGGAGCCGGCGAAACCCUAGGAGGAGGAGGAGGAGAGGAGGCUUUCAUGAGCAGCCGGUUUAGAUAGAUUAUUGAUGAGGGACAUGCACGUACGCAAGUGUUUUCAUGUGUUGUGCCCAAUGUAAGACCAUGCAUCGAUCAGAAGAUAGAUCGAUCCAUCAUCAUUAGCUACUGAUUAGGGAUGAUCAUGUCGAUCGAUGAAAUUAAUCAUGAUGUCGUCGUCUUCA